AAACCUUGCUAUACAUUGAAAAUCACGCAGAAAGAAAACGCCGGAAAACAAUAGUGAAAAGUUGCGAACAAUCCAAUGCCGAAAACAGAGAAUUUAGAAAAAAUGAAAAGGAAGGCGGCGAAACAUAAACAUAAGGAGAAGUUGAAAAGGAAGAAGAAGAAAAGUAAACAUAACCGAUCCAGUUCUGAAAGUAGUUCGGACCAGAGUAAAGAAGAAUGGGUGGAAAAGACUAUUGAUAAACCUGAACCAAGUGCGCCUAAGGAACAGUCUCAGCCAGCCGAAAGAGAAGAGUGGAUGAAUCUUCCAAGCCUGUUCAAUUGUUUUUCAGAAAAUCAUUCUAAGAGCAAGAAGAAAGAGAAAGAAAGGGAUUCUUCAAUCUUGGAUCAACCAGGGCAAAGCUCGAGAGAACUGAAUCCUUAUUGGAAAAAUGGAGGUACUGGAGUACCUGAAACCGAAAAUAAAGCACGAGUCAAACAGACAUUAGAUGCUGCAUGGCUGAAGAAGAGUUUACAAAGAGUUAAAGAGCAAGCAGAUCAGGAGGGAAGAACCCUUGCUGAAGUUGCUUCGGAAAGAUGGGGAUCCUUGGACACCAUAAAAUCAAUGAUAGCUGAAGCAGAAUGUAAGUCACGUAAUAAUGACCGUUCAUUUUAUGCAAAAAGAACUCACAUUAAAUAUCAUGAUGAUGUAAAUACAAAAUAUGUUAAAUGUAAAUACAGAAGUUUUAACGAUGAUAGUUCAGAGAGAAGACCUAGAUCUCGUUCUAAGAGCAAAGAUCGACAUGAAUGGAGUUCAGAAUAUAAUAAACAUUUGGAAAGUCGGAAACAUAAUAAAUUAAGAUCUCAAAGCCCAGAGUUGGAAGAAAGACAUCAACGUAAAAGAUAUGGAAGUCAUUCAAAUCAUGAUAAGAAAAAACUAAGUUUUAAAAAACCUUCUGACAAUGAGGACAUUCCUUGUCAUUCAGAGUCAAACAGAUCUAGAAGUCGAAAAUGGCAAAAGCCUGAGUUUCAAGAAACCUCUUAUAGGAAGAUAUCAGAAGUUCAUACACAAGUAAAGCCAAUUGAACUGAAUGAUGAAAGUGAUUUAGAAUUAGAAACCAGCAAAAAAAAAGAAGACGAAUGUGUAUUAACAGAAUCAGAAAUGAAUCAAUUAGGUGCUAAGAUUGUUAAAGCAGAAAUAAUGGGGGAUAUGGAAUUAGCAACGAAGUUGAAAUCCCAGCUAGAGAAAGCUCGAGAACAUCGAAAAAAAGCUGAUACGAAAUCUUGUAUUACAGAAGAGAAUGCAGUACUUCUUAUACGUACGGAUGCAAGUGGUACGACAAGGCCAAUUCAACCUAGAAAUGAAUCAACAGAAACUUCUGCAAAGAAUAGAAAGAAGAAAAAUGUUAAUACACAUCAGUCAGGACAAAGAAUUCGAUACUUCCCUGAUGAUGAUAAAUACUCCUUGGAGCAACUGUAUGAACGUGAAAAGGGAAGCUCUGCAAAGGAUACUGAAGCAUCAUUUGUCAAAAUUGCUUCUAGCUCAAUGAAUAUGGAAGAUCUAUUCGGGUCCGAAAUGAUAUCGGACAGAUCAGAAGUUGCUCAAGAAGCUUCCGAUCGUGCACAAGCAAUAAGAGAAGAUCAAAGAAUUAGUAAUUGUUCUUGGUGCAUCAACUCAAAACACAUGUUGAAACAUAUGAUUGUAACAAUGGGAUCUACGAUCUAUCUGUCCUUACCACCAUAUACAUCACUAACUUCUGGACAUUGUAUCUUAGCACCUAUUCAGCAUGUGAUAUGUCAAACCCAUUUAGAUGAAAAUGUUUGGGAAGAAUUACAGGCUUUUAAGAUGGCAUUGACAAAAAUGUUUGAAAGCCAAAAUAAGAGUUUAAUAUUUUUUGAAGUUUCAAUGAGAUGGCGUGAUUAUCCACAUAUGCGGCUUGAAUGUGUUCCAUUGCCGAAAGAAAUUGGGGAUAUGGCACCAAUGUAUUUUAAGAAAGCUUUGUUAGAAUGUGAGAUGGAAUGGUCUACAAAUAAAAAAGUUAUAGAUUUGAGUCAGCAUGACGUUCGCCGAGCUGUACCAAAAGCUUUACCCUAUUUUUCAGUGAACUUUGGUAUUCAAGGUGGAUUUGCUCAUAUAAUCGAAGAUGAUAAAUUGUUUCCACGGAAUUUUGCGCAGGAAAUUAUUGGUGGAAUGCUGGAAUUGGAUCAUAACAUAUGGCGCAAACCAAGAGCAGAACAAUUUGAGCAGCAAAGGAGUAAAGUGAUGGAAUUCAAAAAAACGUGGGAAAAGUUCGAUUGUACUACUUGAAAUCAAUUAUGUCACUCUAAAUCUUACAUUUCCUAAUUCGAAAAUGGACAAUGUAAAAAUAUUUCUGUACAUAUAUUCAAAUGAUGAUGAA